AUGGGUGCUGCUUAUCAUGUCAUGGGAAAGGCUAUCCCUCCACAUCAAUUAGCCAUUGGAACAUUAGGCCUGCUAAGUUUAUUGGUUGUCCCAAAUCCUUUCAAAAGUGCAAAACCGAAAACAGUCGACAUUAAAACUGGCAACAAGGAAGAAGAACAGUUCAUUGAAAACUACUUGAAGCAACAUCUGGAAAAGCAAGACGCUUGA